UUUCACACAUAAUUCUAAUGAAUGAUUGGGUAGCUAGCUAGGCGAAGAGCCUCUCUCAUCUAUGAUGAACAUUAUUAAAAUCUCAGUCGUAAUUCCUUCAUGGUCCCUCCUCACCUCGCUCUGCUUAUAUAUAAACACAAGCCUCCGAGAACCUUAACUCCCUCGCCCUCACCCAACUUGGUGACCUUUCCCCGUCUCUUCUCGAUCUCCCCAAUCAAAAAUGGCAACUUUGUCUCAAACACAAGGGGAGACCAUUCCCGAUGCCUGGGACUACAAGGGUCGCCCAGCUGAGAGGUCCAAAACUGGUGGUUGGGCUGCUGCAGCCAUGAUCUUAGGAGGAGAAGCAUGUGAGAGGUUAACCACGCUUGGAAUCGCGGUGAAUCUGGUGACGUAUUUGACGGGUACGAUGCAUUUAAGAAAUGCUGCUUCUGCAAACAUAGUAACCAACUUCCUCGGAACCUCUUUCAUGCUCUGCUUGCUCGGUGGCUUCUUGGCUGAUACUUUUAUUGGAAGAUACCUCACCAUAGCCAUCUUCGCAACCGUUCAAGCAACUGGAGUAACAAUCUUGACAAUAUCGACCAUAAUUCCGGGACUACACCCUCGGAAAUGCAAAGACCCAUCCACACCUUGUGUACCUGCAUCAAAUACGCAACUCAUGGUACUAUACUUGGCGCUAUACACAAUCGCCCUCGGCACCGGAGGACUCAAAUCUAGCGUCUCAGGCUUCGGCUCCGACCAGUUUGACGAGUCGAACAAAGGGGAGAAGGGACAAAUGACUAAGUUCUUCAACUGGUUCUUCUUCUUCAUAAGCAUAGGGUCCCUUUUGGCGGUUACGGUUCUUGUUUAUAUUCAAGAUAACUUUGGCAGGGACUGGGGUUAUGGUAUAUGUGCAUGUGCUAUAUUGUGUGGAUUGGUUGUGUUCUUGUCUGGAACUAGAAGGUACCGGUUCAAGAAACUGGUGGGGAGCCCGCUGACGCAGAUCGCGGUGGUGUUUGUGGCGGCAUGGAGGAAGAGGAGGUUGGAACUGCCAUCAGAUUCGUCGUUGCUGUUCAACGUUGAUGACAUCAUCUCUGAUGAAGCAAUCAGUAAGAAGAAGCAGAUGUUGCCUCAUACCAAGCAGUACCGGUGGUCCCGUUGAGCGUGUUCUGGCUAAUCCCUCAGUUCUUCUUUGUGGGGUCAGGAGAGGCAUUCACCUACAUAGGUCAACUAGAUUUCUUCCUAAGGGAAUGUCCCAAAGGGAUGAAAGCAAUGAGCACCGGUUUGUUCUUGAGCACCUUAUCCUUAGGGUUCUUCUUCAGCUCCUUGUUGGUGACCAUAGUGGACAAGGUCACCGGAACCCGAAAGCCAUGGCUAGCCGACAACCUUAACAAAGGGAAACUCUACAAUUUCUAUUGGCUAUUGGCUACUCUAAGUGCUUUCAACGUCGUGAUUUUCUUACUAUGUUCCAAGUGGUAUGUUUACAAGGAUAAAAGGCUUGCCGAGGAGGGCAUUGAACUUGAGGAAUCAGACACUGCUUACCAUGCAUAGCUUUUGCUUUAUUUAUAUUAUAACUCAAAGCCUAAAAUUACCAUUGUGGUUGUGUUAACCAUUGAUGGAUAAAGAAGAAAUUAAAGAAAAAAAAAUGUAUAUGUAACGGCCACAAUUAUCCCUGUAAUGUUGAUAGGAUUGAUACCACGUACAA